CCUGCUCUUGGGAGGGGCGGUGGCAAAACCUGUUUGAAGAUGAGGCUGCCUCCCUUCCACACCUCCCUCUGCCAGAGAGGCCAGAGCAACCACAGCUGGGACCGAAAGGGGCAAGAAGGGUUGGGGUCUGGGACACCCCACUCCCCAGCAACUCCUAAGUGUUUAAAGAAGGCAGGAAGACGUGUGAAGAUGGGAAGUACACAAGAGGCAGCAAAGAAACCAUCAGACCUCGGGGUCGGGGAGGACGCAGAAGAGCCAGCGCCGGGAGCAGCCCUGAGACGUGGGGAACUGGAGCUGAAGGAGGAAUGGCAGGAUGAAGAAUUCCCUGGACUGCUGCCUGAGGAGCCCCGACCAUCUGAAGAGCCUGAGGAUGCUCAGAGAGACUCCCAGGCAGCUACCCCCAGCACUUUAGCCCUGUGUGGCCAGCGCCCCAUGAGGAAGCGCCUGUCUGCCCCGGAACUGAAGCUGAAUCUGCUAGACGGGCGCGGAGAUGAGGGAGCUUCUCCCACCCACUCUGCAGCUUCCUCUUCUGAAGGCAGCUCAGACCUGGAUGUAGACGAGCUAGAGACACCUUCAGACUCGGAGCAGCUGGACAGUGGACAUGAAUUUGAAUGGGAAGACGACCUGCCCCGGGCAGAAGGCCUGGGGGCCAGUGACGCAGCACAACAGCUGGGCCGAGGAUGUACAUGGGACGUGGCCGGAGGAAAUGGUCAUCGCUGGAGGGUGUUCCGAAUUGGACCUCGGGAGCAACGCGUAGACAUGACUGUCAUUGAGCCCUAUAAGAAAGUCCUGUCUCACGGAGGUUACCAUGGUGAUGGCCUCAAUGCUGUCAUCCUCUUUGCUUCCUGUUACUUACCCCAGAGCAGCAUCCCCAACUACACCUAUGUCAUGGAGCACUUGUUUAGGUAUAUGGUGGGGACCCUGGAGUUGCUGGUGGCUGAAAAUUACCUGCUUGUUCACUUGAGUGGAGGCACAAGCAGGGCCCAGGUUCCGCCUCUGAGCUGGAUCCGCCAGUGUUACCGCGCUCUGGAGCGGCGGCUCCGGAAAAACCUGAGGGCCUUAUUGGUUGUCCAUGCUACAUGGUAUGUGAAGGCAUUUCUGGCACUGCUUCGGCCGUUCAUCAGUUCCAAGUUCACACGAAAGAUCCGUUUUCUGGACAGCCUGGGGGAGUUAGGUCGACUCAUCUCCCUAGAUCAACUUCACAUCCCUGACGCUGUCAGACAGUUGGACCUGGAUCUCCAUGGCUCAGGAGGGAUGGCUAAAAGGCCUUAAAACCAAGCAAAGAUGGUGCAUUCCUGUAAUCCCAGCACUCGGGAGGCUGAGGCAGAAGGAUCGUUGUGAGUUCGAGGCCAGCCUGGGCU